AUGCCAUUGGCUGGGUCCCAGUGUGGUGCGGCGCAGUUCCGACACCUGGCAGAAGGAAUAAUGGUAGACGGGCCUUGCGAAUGUGUGGUUGGCGUGCUGUGCAGUCUGACCGUCCUUUCAGAAAACGAGACCUACUGGGAUACGCUGAAUAAGGAGGCGCAGGAGAUUGUACUGUACUUUCUGGGGCCGUCCAGAGCAGUCGCAGAGCUGCAGGCCAAUCAUUUCAGCCCCGCCAGAGCGUCGUGGACGGCUAGCUUCCGGCUGUGGGAUGCCGGGGAUUACCAGGCUAUUAUUCUGGGGGGCUGCAACGCAGCGAGCGGUUUGGAAAAGCUAGCCGAUUUUAGCGUCACCAUUGUUCCUAGGCAGGGGGGUGGUCAACUGACCCCCUGUAGUUACGGACAGGGUUUCCAGUGGGUCAAGCAGGGGGAGGACAAGUGGGAGUGGACUAAUCACCCGUGCGCCCCACCGGUGGUUCCUGCGGCGGACUACGCAUACCUGAUGCGGAGGAAGGGUUUCCGGCGGGUGCUGUUCGUAGGGGACUGCCAUCAGCGCGUACUCUAUCAGCACCUCAAGAAUUUGCUGGGUGCCCCAAUUGGGGACGACGACCUCAACAAGCCCAAGCACGACAUGAAGGAGGUGAUCAACGCGGGCGACCCGGAGAGGGAACUGCAUCUGCACUUCUACUGGGUAGAUGGGAUUUAUGCCAACGGCGAGUUUGGCUGCACCGACCGAGGCAUGUACUCCGGGCGAAACGAGACCAACUCGUACCCGCAGAUCCAGCCCGGUGCUGACGUCAUCUCGCUCGACGCCGGGCACUGGACGGCCUACUGGUGCACGGACGCGUGGCAGGCGUUCAACAAGCACCUGCCCGCGUAUCUAGACUGGGGGGAAAGUUUACUCAGCCCGCAGAGCCGCCUCGUGUGGCGCACCGCGCCGUCGUGGAUGCCCGAGUGCCGCAGGAAGUACGUCACGCUGGCGUCACUCAACCGGCUUGCCCUAGAGGCGAUUUCGUCCCGGCCAUACGCCCCGUUUAGCAGCUGGGAUGUUGAGGCUCCCCGUUUCUCGGAGCUCCGAGAGGGGCACUAUUCUUGGACCACGGUGGAUGAUACUGGGUCGGAAGUAGUGAGGGGGGUGCGGUUGGGGAGGCUGUCGCGAAGGCGUUUAUGACGUGGAGUAUUCACACUUUGCAAUGAAGUUCUCGGAAAGUACGGUCCAGAGGAAACAAGGCACAGCUUUUGCACUGACUACGCUGCUCGCAACUGGUUUUCUCUUUUGUACCGUGUAUCUUGUUACAAUUAGAGCAGAAUACAGAACGCUUGCAAUCCCGCCUGAUCGACCGAGGCAGACCUCUUCCGAACCAACGACUCCUGGACCAUAUGUACAGAGCGAUAGAAAUGGCUUCAAUUGUAGAGUCAAGAAGCCAGAUUCUCAUAUGUAAAUGAUCAACUGAGACCACAAUCACCAAGACUGCUUCCACUUGAGCACAUCGUGUCACCACUGAUUAGAGUGACACCCCAGGU